CAGCCUCAAAGUCUGGCCAGUCUGUAAAUGAAUAUCCAGGGCACAUUCUUUCUCCUCACAAACACAUGUGUGAUCGAGACAGUACAGAAAAGAGGUGUAGCUCCUCAGUCCUGAAAUAUUUGCAGAAGUGCCAUGACCACAAGGGCUUAAACUAGAUUGGAAUUUUUUCAGAUGGGUAAUUCGGGGUUGUGUUGUGGCAGUCUGGAGGAGCAGAAGAGGCUGAUGAAGAUGGGCCUCAGUAUGGUGUUAGUAGGGCAUGUGAACUUCCUACUGGCUGCUUUGGUUCAUGGUGUGGUGCUGAGACACUUUAGCCUCCAGCGGGGACAGGCCAUGGAAAGUGCCAUCUCCAACGUCAUCGCCCUGACGGCCGGCAUGCUGGGUGUCAUCACUGGUAUAUUGACUAUUGUUCAGUCCAAAAACAUAAAGAACAGGGUACUGACCUGGUCUCUGCUGGUGUUGAGCGCUGUAGCUGGUCUUGUGGCUGCCGCUUCAGUCAUUGGACUCACAGUUUCCUUGAUAAAGACUGUAAUUCACGGAGAAAAGAGGCUACUUGCUUACUGCGGAUACAGUGAUGGCAGGAGUCACCUGACCAUCGCCAACGAGUGUCCCUUUGACCCCACUCGUAUUUUUAGCACCACGAUAGUCCUGUGGGUCCCGCUGAUUCUGCUGAGUGCGGUGGAGAUGCUGUUCUCGGGCCGCUUAUUUGCGCUCUGCAUCUCCUCUCUCGGUCUGCCCUGCUGCCAACUGGACAGAAAAUCGAUGAAGCCCCCGAGAGCAGCCGAGCCUUGUUUCAGCCCUUCUUCACGUCGAUGUCACGGAGAGGAUCAACUGAGGUUGUCCGGUAGACCUCCAGAGCGGCACAAACCACACUCAAGCUCUGGACCGCACCGCUCAGCUUCCUCCGGCCAGUGCCGCCAACACCCCGCCGCAUCCCCGUUCAACCGGGCCACGCUGCAGCGGUCCAGUAUUUGGAUCUGACGAUGAAGCGGUCUGUGACUGGUCUUUUUUUUUUUUUAGGGAAGCGCAGGUCAUUUUUCAAACAGAUUUAUCACUAGAUCGUCAUUGUGUGUGCGUGUGUUAAUAAUAGGCCUAAGUAAAAACUUACCUUAUGAUGAUUAAAGAAAGAGGGUGGGUUUUGUAAAGGUACAGUACAGGCCUUCAUAGGGUAAUAGGUCCAAACCAAAAACAGUAUUAUGUCCUACACAUAAAUUGAUUUUUUCAAAAGUUUCUGAGAACAUUAUUAAAAAUAUAAUAUCAUAAAAUACACCCUAAUUAUAUUUAUAAUAUACACUGUAAAACCCAAGAAUCAACUUUAUCAAAUGAAAUGAGUGUAGUUAACUCAAAAUUUGCAGUACUCUUAUAGAUUAGUUGUUGUUGUUUUUUACUCAAAUGGUUUGUAGCAAUCGGUUUCCUCAAACGAUUUGAGUUGCCUUAACGUAUUGAGUUUUACAAUACUCAGUUGGUUUGAGUUCUUCAUUUAUUGGGUUUUACUGUGCUCAAAUUGCUUCGUUUACUCAAAUGGAUUAAGUUCACAGUACUCAUUAGGAUUAGUUUUUGAACUGAAAUGGUUUGUUGCAAUCGGCUUCCUCAAAUGGUUUGAGUUACCUUAACUUUUUGGGUUUUACAGUGUAAUUUAGAAAAUAUAAUAGCCUGUCUUUCCAUGUUUCCAGACUAUUUUUUUUUUUUUACAUUAAUUUAAUAAACAUUUUAAUUUAUGUAAACUGCAGUUUGGAAUCCUUAGCCUUACAUUUAAUUUAAAAGGUGCUCUUAAAGGUGCCAAAGAAUGCAUUGAUACAUUCUGUUUAAAUUAUUAGUAUAUUAUAAUAUCUACAUAAGGUAUAGCUUAUAUAAGUGAAAAAAAUUGUAAAUUGGUGUGUUCAAACUCAGUCCUCGACUGCCGGUGUUCUGCAAAUUUUAGCUCCGUGACUCAACACACCUGCAAGGAUGUUUCUAGAAAGCCUAGUAAGAACUUAUUGCAGGGUCAUUCUGAAAACGUACCUCUAUAUACAUUUCUGGAGACCGUCUAAUACGUCCUAGGAGGUACGUUUUUUUUUUUUUGUUUUUUUUUGCAGUUUUUGUUAUCACGAUUCCGCCAGAGGUCGCUGUGUAUGCUUUUUGAAAUCUCAAAUUUCUUGCGAGAGCCAUUCAUGUCUGCUGUCCAAUUGACUAACCCACCCUCCUCCUUCCCUAAACCUAACCAAUAUUAUUUAAAAAAACACAGAUUGACCCACCCACCCACUUUCCUAAACCCAACCAACACAUUUAAAAAGCCCUUGUCUGAUUUUUACCGUUUUACCACAUUCUCACCCUGUUAUUUACUUGUUUAUUUUAUUUUUUUGGAUUCUGUUUUUGACUGACCUGCUUUCUGGAACCGCUCUUCACCGGACUCAAACCCCACUGUCGUAGUCAUCUCCUCUCUGCAUUUCAAGUACACUGACGUACAUGGUGAGCUAACUGUACAAACUGGUAACAGCCGGAAAGUCGUCCAUACGAAGGUAAUCAGUCAGCUGGUAAGUGCAAAAAGGAACAGUGUCAUACCGUCCUGAAGUGUUCAUUAAAAAAAAAAAAUUAAAUGCAGCCAUACAUACUUCUGGCUACAUAAUUCAUGAUCUCCAGAAAUGUAUAUAGGGUCACGCUUUCAGAAUGAGCCCAUGUUGACUUGAUAAGUUAGCUCAGGUGUGUCUGAUUGGGGUUGCAACUAAACAGGGGUGUAGCAGACAUUUUAAAAGUGGGGGGACGGCAGUAUGAGAUCAUAUGUUCAUAUAAUUAGUAAUCACCUGUUUCUAAAUGGUCUGUCUCUAAAAGUGAGGGGGACGGAUCCUCCCCCCCCGGUUGCUACGCCCCUGGAACUAAACUUAGCAGGCCCUCCAGGUGGAGUUUGAGCACCCCAGCGAAAGAUGCGUUUUGACCUUAUUUGGUAUAAUGUCUGUAAUACUAACACAACAUGAUAUACUUAGAAUUAUACAUGCGCAAAACAGUCAUACUUCAGUUGUCAAAACAUUUGAAUAAUCAGAAAUGCCUUGUCAAAUGACAAUUUAACUGAAGUGGAGAAGAGGUUCAUGUUAGCAAUUGAGCUAUCUGUCCAUAAUGCUUCUAACUAGGUGUUGUGGAUGAAAUCUAGGCUACAUUGUAUUUAUACCAGACAAAAGGGACCAAGCGAGUUGUAUUUUAAAGUGAGAAAAAAGGCAGACAUAAACUAAUGUCAACAUCCAUAUAAACAGAUGUGUUUUAUGACGUUUGUUGCUGUCUUUUCACUCUGGAGUGAUAUGACUCGAUGCAUAAAUGAGCUUGUAACACUUCGACAGAGUAUGUGUCUGUUGCCUCAUUACAAAUGCAGGCUACAUGUGUUUGUUUCCUCAUUAUAAACAGCCUUCACAUCUGUCUGUUGCCUCAUUACAAACGUAUACGGCUACACAGAAAUCCACAAUAUACAUAUUAAACUAAUCAAAAUAUACAUUCAAA